UCCCGCCCGCACAUUAAUAAAAUUUGUAAGGUUGUUCAGAUUGUUGUUAUUUUAGGGGUUUGAAGUUAAACAGUAUUUCAUUGCAUUAGCUAUAAUUUUAAUGAAAUAUUCAUUAUUUUGCACAAGUAAUUUUGUAAACAAUAGUAUUUAUAAUGGCAAAACAGUUAAGAUUGAACUUUAUGUUUACAAGUUUUGGUAAAUUGUUCAUUUCUGGAAAAAAUGCAAGAGGAGUAUUAAAAGUGUAUGCAUUAAAUGGUGUAAAAAUCAACAGGAUUAAAAUCGGAAUUGUUGGAAAAAUUAACAUUGAAGCUGAUGAGAAUGGAAACCCUACUACGUUUGAGCAUCCAUUUUACUCAAGUGAAGAACAAAUUUUUAAUUCUUCAGAUCUUUUGGCAAGUGAAUCUGACGAUGAACAAAUAAUUGAAUUUGCGGUUCCUCUUGCUUCGAAUCUGCCAACAUCUGUUUCUCUCAAAGAAGGCAGCAUCACUUACUACCUAUAUGCAACCAUGGAAGAGCAGUUUCAAGAUGGUGUUGUUCAAAAUGUAAACAUUGAAUCAAAUAUUUCUGUUGUUAGCCUGGUGGACUGCAAUACAAUUCCCAAGGCUGGGAAAGAAAAGAUUGCCAAUACAUUGCCAGUAACUGGGUGCAGUUGUCUACAACGCCAGGAACCCAAUGACUGUCUCCAGAUAUCUCCUAGGGCUUACGUUCCGGGAGACUGCAUUAAGAUCAAUGCCGUCAUCUUCAACGCUCAGAAUUGUCCUUUAUGUUUCGUACAAGUGGCUCUUGUUCAGAAAGUGAAGAUAAAGUGUGAGGACCGCACGGUGAAAGUACAACAUGUGGUCUCAGAGACAAAGCAUGGCAGUGUGAUGCCACAACAAGUCCAGGUGUGGCACGACGAGAUGCUGAGGAUUCCCCCUCUGCCCCCAACUACUUAUAACAAACAUCUCCAUGUCUCUUAUAAGUUGAAGCUAAUUCCAGUGAAGCAAAAUACAGAUGUGGUGAAUGCUACAGCCAUCCUCGAAGUUCCAGUUGUAAUCGGAAACUUGCCAUUGGAAGCGUCUCUGACAUACCUUAACCCUCUGAAUCAUGAUCAUGUUAUGCUGCCCAUUCCAUCACCUUAUAGAGAUUAUGCUAGGGGUGAAAACUCCAUUCAACGUAUAGGAUCAAAGUUUGUGCCAACGUACAUAACUUACACAACUGAGCGUGCCAUGGAGAAUGUUGAGCUUCAGUAACUGCUUCUAUUCUUGUCUUACUAUAUUUAUUUAUAAAAUGCUACAAAUUUAGUACUUUAACACAGGAUUAUGAAUCUGCACAACUUUUUUAUACAAGGUAUAUUAAGAAUUUAAUCUGUUAUUUUACAAGGUAUUGAGUGGCAAUGUUACAAAUGCUAUUUUUGUAAUUACCUCUUGACUGUACCGAGAGAUAUAGCGGAAAUGUAGGAGUCAGUUUAAGUUGGUAACUGGUGAAAUAACAAUAAAAUGUUGACUGAUUAGCAUACAGUUGAUUAGAUAUUAGUCAAAUUCUUGUCAAAGCUUUAUUAUUAAAUAGGUAUAUGUUUCUUUGUUUAUGUUGUGUUUUGUGUGUUGUGUUUAUUUGAUGUUCUAUUGUUAUGAUGAUAUUAUAAGAUUAGUUACCUCAUUUUCUUAUACAUUUUAGAUUUAAUUAAGAAUUCAGAAUGUUUAAGCUACACCAAAUAUUUCCUUUUAUUAGUCAUAAUAUUAAUAAGAUUGUACAAAUACGUAUUUUAUAAUAGCUGUAUUAAAAUAUCACAAUAGUUAACCUUCCAAGUUAUUAAAAUAUUAAGAUUUAAAAUAACUUAUCUUUGAAACUAAUAAUUGGAAAUUCUGAAUUCUUGGGCUUUUUUGUAUAACCUUGCUUUCAGUGUGUCAAAUAUAAUUUAAUUUGUUAUUAAAAGGAACUAAUUUAUUUGGAUUAAACUGAAAUUAGUCAAAUUAUUAAACUAAAUAAGUGGUGUGGGCUUAUUUAGGCUCAGUAAGUGAUAAUUUGCCUAAUUAAUUGUUGAAAUAAUGUAAUUGAUUCUUGAUCUUCAAAUAUAUGUUUUAUUUCACUUAACUAUAACCAAAGCUUUGUAUUACAAAUAACUACAAACUUCCACUAUUUCGUACCUCAUCUGGCUUUAAACUAAUGCAAAAACGGAUUGUUUUUGUUAACUGGACUCAAUGGAGAAUAAUCAUAGAAAGAUAAAUUAAACAUUGGUGAAAAAACAUUAGAUGAAUAGUUUAAACAAUAUAAGUAACACUGAGAAACUGAACUAAAUUAUAGUUCUUAUGGUAAUUUAUGCAAAAUAACAAACACAUAUAUGUUAAUUGAACAAUCUAAUUUUGUAUACUUAUAGCUAGAGUAUUAUUGUUAACUUUUAAUCCAGUUUUAGUUUUUUUUUAGACUAUUGUUAUUUAUAAAUUUUGGUAAAUUCCAUUUUAUAUAUUUACUAGACGAAAAUGACAAACUGUGUGUUCAACUAACCAAAACUUGUAUAAUGUAAUUUGUAAACUUGUCAUAAGGUUCCUUAACUGUUAAACAUGUAGGUCUUUUUAUCAUGACAAUAAAUUUGAAAUGUUUGACACGUUUCAUUUAUAUAAGAUUAUUUAGUAGAUAAUGAAAUAAUCACAUGUAUUUCAAUCAGAAAUAUUCCAUUUUUAUCUUUAUUUGGUUAAUAUUCUCGACUGAUAUUUUCAAGAACCAAAUAUUACAUAAUAAAACGCUUAAUCUCUUUUCUGAAUGCUCCCAUGAUUUUCUUUAUGUCUUCAGUCAGUUCCAGUUUUAAACAUAAUGUAUAGCAUAACGGCUUGUCUAGCAGAAUCCUGGGCGGUCAUCCAACCAAGAAAACCGGAAAUUUAAUGUAUUGGUAAAAAACCUGAAAUAAACCUGUGUGAAACAAAUCACAUUGUUUGCUGUAGGAAAUAUACAAGGCGUGUUUUUAUAAAAAAUAACUACUAUUUUUAUAAAAAAAGGAAAAAAACUAUAUGUAAAAAUGUAUUUUUAUACAAAAACCCACACUUUUAUCUUAUUUUGUACACAAUUGAAACCAAUGUAAAGGCACUUGUCUAAACUAAUGCAACUAACUAACUUGUUGUUAUAACUUUUGUCUGCUGUUGUCAUAGACGUUUGCUACUUGAUUUAACAUCCACCGAAACAAGGUCUUUAGACACUAUUGUGUUGCUGAACUGAAGGACCUUACAUCGUAGUCCUUAGGCACUAGGUUGGUCUGUAUCAAAUUGUGUCUAGCGAAAUGUGAUCAGCCCUUAAAUUUGUUUUGCUGUUUGUGAAUAGGCGAGGUCAUGAAGCAAAAUGAUGUUUAAAAAUGUAGUGACAAUAUAGUCUGGAAGAAAUCAUGAGCGUCUGUUUGUUUCCACUACUUUGUUUAUUUUCUGAACCAAAUUAUUUCCUCGUCAUGAAAAUUCUUUCGGAUAUCUUUGAAAACUCUUACCCCAUUGACAGUGAAUUUCAACUACUUGCAUACCUUUAGUACAAACAAAGCACAUAGUAGAUCGUAUUUUGUUGUCAGCGAGAGUUUCCUACUGUCGGUAGGAUUUUAAAUAAGGGUGCAGCCUUAUACAGAACGCAUAACAUAUAGCUUCAUCAAAACUGUAUUCAAGCUACGAUUCACCUCUGGUUAAUCUCCCAACGGUGGGUACAUGUAUGCAGUAAUGUUUCUGACCCAACCCUCGCCUUUCACUGCUUCCUCAUUGCUAUUUAUUUGCUUUUCAGCCAUGGGUUAUUAUUAAGUGUCUAAAUAGUUGCCUUGGUGACAUCAUUCUAUUCUACGUUUUCAUCUGAAGCCAAGUAAAAAAUAUUUAAGAGUCGAUCAUUGAUUAUGUUUUAUUUUUUCAAACCAUAUUUAUAGUAUACCGCAUCAACCUAGCUGAAUACGAGGUCUCAUGUUACACCCGGUAUACACAUGUGGACAGACUGAGAGGUUAUUCUGUGUUUAGAACUUACAUUGCGUGGUUUUAGGCUUAUUUGAUAAGUAUAAUUAUAUUUUAUUGAUAUUAUUUUAACAUAUAAUUAAAGUUAUAACAAGAACUAUCAAAAAGUCAACUAACAUAAACAAAGAUAAAAUGUGGAUAAAAUAUGUAGAUGUGUAUUUACAUUAAAAAAAUGUAAUUCUACUAUAGUUUAUUUUUAAUUUAAUGUUAUAAUUAAAACUUCUAAAAUAUUUCUAGUCAGGAGGAAUAUUUUGAAAUUUGAGUUUGUAAGAAAUAAGAAUAAAUUUAAUGUGCUGACAAUAUUGUGCUCGAAAUGUUACUUACAAUAUAACAGAGUCAAUAUUUGGUUCAAAACUAUGGAAUCUGAAAUUUUCUACUGAAAAAAGUGUUCAAUAACCAUCCCAAGUUAAUAUGCAAGAAAAUGGAAACCUGUUGCUCAUGAUGUUUAAUACAACUUCUGGGAAAGUCAAUUUUAUAGACUUGAGUUAUUGACUUCAACAUCUACAGUAAUAGCUUGCUGAACAAUAACUCAUUCUUGGUUGUAAACCAGGAUUGGUUUUAUAGGUCAAUAUUUACAUUCAAUGGGUUUAUGGGUGAUUAUUUGUAGUUUCAUCUGAAUUUUCAUGAAUCUCUGAAAUGUAAUGACAUAAUACAUAGAAGAUCUCAAGUUAAAUAGAUAUUUAGGUAUGAAUCUUUUAGUAUUAUUUUAUUCUUCGAAGUUAUUUGCCUAUCUAUUAAGUAAGUAUUAUAAAUAUAAGUUGUCUUACAAAUGUCUUACAAAAGUAGUUUAUCUGUUAACUCUUUAUGAAUUAAUUACGUUUAUGCUAUUAAUUAAAAAUAUUGAGCAUCAUAUUUUAUUUUUAGUUGAAAAUCUACAUAAUUUUGAUAAUGACAAAGGCUGUCCACAAAGUUACUUAUGUUUUUAUAUUGAAAAAACAACAUCAUAAGGAACCAAAUUUUAUUAUUUACCUUUGAUAUCUACUCUCUUAAGAUGUUUAGUCUUCAAACACAUUGAUGUUACUUAUAAGCAGAGUCACGUAGUGCGGAAACUUAAAAUCUCAUCUUGAAAUUUGCAAUUUUGGAAUAUAGUGCCUAUUUGGAACAUAAUGAACCACUUUCUAAUUUUUUCUUCACUACUUAUGUUCACAAAAAUGCAAUUACAGCCCGUACUUUUCAGUCAGCUGAAUUUUGAUUCAUAGCAAAUGAUUACAUUACUUCAAGCAUAAACAAGAGAACGAAUCUUGUUAUACCAUGAUGGCAGCUGUAGACCCUUCAAGUUGCUUUAUGGAUGUAUCUUUUAACACUAAUUUAUUUCAGUUUAUCCCAUAAAAACUAGAUUUUCAAUUUGCUCUGUCUGGUUAGACUAGUGAUAUUUUUGUGUGUUGUAUGUUAGGAAACAAGUUUUUUUUUAUCUUAUUCAAUUGAUUGUUAAGACACACUGAAAAUUCACACUUUCUUUUUUAUUUUUACUAUGAACAACUAUGUACGUUCCUCAGUUAAUGUUACAGUGGUUGUUAAAAACUCAAGUGAAAUCAUCACGGUGCUUGUAAGAUAUAACUACAAUAGUUAGAUAUAGUUGUGUUCGCCCAUGGUGCUUAUAGUUAUAAACUUCUAUGUGAUAGCAUUGUGAUCAAAUAUAUAUAUGUAUAUAUAUGCUGUGACUGCGCUUAUCAGUCUAAGACACCUUGUGGUUUUCAAUUUUGUAUUGACAUUUUCAUUUAAUUAAUUAGUUCAUUUUAUUUUAUUUAAAAUAAGCACAUUUUAUACAUUGUUGCCAUUGCUUCUUCUUUGCACAAAUACAGCUCAUAUUUAUUUAAUUUUGAAAUACAAUGAUUAUGUUCACUCUGACAAAUGCCUGAUCACAGAAAGCACUAAACUAUGCAUGGUUUAGUGAUCUUUUUUGAAAAUCUGAAAUUACUCUACUUAAGGAUAAUUGCAGCCAUCCUUGCUAACUGUACAAAAGUAUUUUAAAAUUAAAGUUUUAAUUUGGAAUAUCAAGAGAUAAUCUCAAACGGUAUUCUGAUUUAAAACUCAUAAAGUCCAUUUAGUAAUAGGUAAAAUUACUUAAAAUAUAGUGUUGUUUCAGUAUGGCUACAUACUCCUUACUGUUCAACCUUAUUAAAUUUGUUUAGUUAGUGUUUCAUUUUAUUCUAACAAGCAGCAUUGUUUAAGUACAUAAUAACGUUAAUAGAUUGAUCACAUGAAAUAUACGAGGUAUGUUCAAAAAGUUACGGAAAUUUUAGUUUUUGAAAAAAUAUUAAUUUAUUCUUUGUGGAAAUAAAAAAAGUCACACAGAGCAGCAGCUGGAAAAUAUGGAGGCUGGGCAUUGUUACAGUAUUAUUUCGCCCAAAACAUUCAUGAAUAUGCAAUGAUGUGUGAGCAGGUGUGCAUUGUCAUUGUUUAAAAUUCAACAGUUUUAGAACAAAUUUUUACUGCCACACGUUUCAUACUCAAAUUAUUUGAAAAAAUGACAUGGCAUAAGCCAGUUGAUAUACCAACACCUUAAGCAACUUUUCAGACCGUUAUACGGUGAUAAUUCAAAACCAUUUUUUCAUGUUUUUAUGGGUUGUUGAUGUGCUGGAGCGUCUGGAGCAUUAGUCAACUUCAAUGUCUUUUGACGGCUAUGUUUAUAACACUUGUUAACUCUAGUUUUACUCAUAGCAGACUUAACAUAUGUCUCUAUUAACAUUUCCUACACUUUAUUUCAAAUUUUGUACAAAUUCUUUGAUCAAUUUUGUUUAACAAAUGGAAACCGCUAAGUUCAUAAAUGACUUCUAACCUUACCAGUUGCCACUGAAAAGAUAAACAAGAAAUACAUCUGGAAAUUUUAUUAUACUUCAGGAGUAUAAGUUCAAAAUAAACAACUAAGCUAAGUAUAUAAUAAAAAAAGCUUGACAAUCGGACUCUCCAAACCUGUGAAACGUACAAAUUCCCGUUACUUUUUGACACACCUCGUAAAUUGUACAUUAUGUUAAGAAUAAUUCCUUAUAAGGAUUAGGACAAGCUUAACAGAAUAUUAUGUUCCAUAUAUCAACAUUAGAAAUUCUCUUUUGUUCUAUGUGCAAUAGUUGGAAAUAUCCUGUUGGUCUGUGUUUUAUGUAGUAGUAUUAUAUUGAGUUUUUAUACCUCUUUUAAUUUAAGGUACAUGUUUGUUUUUCUAUUUGGUUGCCACAUUGAUGGAUAAGCAACAGAAUUUUGUGAAAAGGUAUGAUUUGAUUGUACUAUUAGAUUUUUAUUAUCAAGAGUGAUUUUCAGUCUGUUCUACUGUGUUCAUUUUUACUGUUGAUAUUGUGCCCUGUGUAUUGUGACGAUUAAAGUCAUUUAUAUUUCUGUAA